GUUUUUAGUUUCUGUGUACGUAAAAGUGUAUGAAAAAAGCGAAUUGCGUGAACUGUGAACCACUGUGCGGCUGGGCACUAGAGCAAGUGCAAGGUGGGACUUGCAUGAAUUUACUUGCGACAUGUUAUGAAUUAAUUCUUAUCAAUGACGUACGUAGCCAAGUUUUGGGUGAACAAACAGCUGGUGGAGGGAUAUUUGGAAAAAGCUAAGCUCGCACACCAUUGCAAGCGUUCUGAACGCCUUCGUUCGCUACGCUGAAAAGAUAAAUGCGAGCAUAUGCACAAAGGCACAGCGACGAAAAGGAUUUUUACGCCCGCAUUGGCACAAAACGAGGCCAAUUCAAUAAAAAUUGUUGCGCCAUCAGCAACGGCAGCAGUUCAUUGAGAGCUUUAGAGCAGUCAACAACGCCGCUUCAAGGAGACCAGUGAUCGAAACCGCUACAAUAAACGCCUUCAUAUAAUCACAUCAAAAACAAGUGCAAAAUUUGAUAAACUUGUGAUUGUUACACUCGAAGCUAAUAUUAGUUUGCUAUUAUUUUAUUAAAAAAUAGCGGUUUUGCGCAACAACAAUAAAAGAACGAUUAGCAAGCAAAUUAACAUGAGCUGCGCUAAGUGUUCGAACCGUUAUUUAGUUUUGGUAUGCGUACUUGGAGUUUUGGUGACAACCGCUGCGGCUGUGCCAACAUCUGUGCUGGUCCAGAACUCCGAAGUUACAUCCAAUAUCAAUGCAGCCAAUAAUAAUCAUAAUCUGAUGACGAAAGUGAAACGUUCUUCUAAUAACGCAAAUGAAAUGAUGCCCAAAAAAGCUUCGAUGGAGGCAUCUGCUACAUCUGGCAAUAAAAAAUCCAGCCCUGAAGUUCUUCCGCCAGCCUUUAAUAUACCUGCCACACAGCAAUCAGCCGGCAAUAAUUUGGCAAAUGGUAACAAAGUGAGUGGCGAUAGCAACUCUAACUACAUUUCGGAUGCUCAGGCAACUGGUGUUCUGCCUAUGCCAUCGAACGAAGACAUUAUUAAUUCAGCUAUUGCUGCUGGCCUUACCGCUGCGGCAGUGGAAGCGACCGCUACGGCAAGCCAACGCGAUUCGGAAUCUCAACAGCAUUUAAAUCCACAGGCUGAUGAAGAAGCACCCACACUCUUGCAUAAGCGCGGAAUUUCGACUCCGCAGUACCUCUACGGUGGAAUGGGUGUGGGAGGGGCUUAUGGAUAUGGCAAUGUGAAUGACAAUAGUUAUGGCACCGGAAGCGGUAAUGGUAACAGUAUCUAUGGCGGUGGUGAAUACUACAAUAAUCCAUACCUGACUAAUCCGUUGGCAAUUGGUGGUGAGCACUUGGCUGCGGUGCCAGCUAGCGUUUGGACCGAUGAAACGGAUCCAUCAGUUGUCUACACCGAUAUUAAGGAUGACGACUUCUUGCCCGUACCACGAGCAUCUUCCUAUCGCAGCAAGGCUUACGAUAAUUUACAAAAUAUUCUCAACGCUGAGGCGUAUCCAGAAUCAAUGGCAUUGCCACUGCCGCAAACUCAACACACGAGCCGCUAUUAUGGCGCCUUCAAUGGUAAUAAGCGUUCGAACAGAUACGACAACAACAAUUAUGGUGACAGUAGCGGCAGCAGCCGUUUCGCCGAUAUGCGACUGAAACGCGAUACUAAACUAACUCCAGCUGAUAUGCUAGCUCUGGUUGCGCUAGUAGAGGCAGGGGAACGUUCACGGAAAGACACCGACACCGAGACAAGUAACAGUUACAUGUACCCGUCGCCUGGAAUGGGGGAUGCUCCGGAAACCUAUAGCAACUACAACGGCAUUAAAACCUACUAUCCAACUGCGGCAAAUAUGUACGACUACCCCGGAAAUGUGGACGAAUUGGACGGCAAUGCCGGCACGUGGAUAGAACCAAACAUGGUGGACUACUACGGUGUACCAAUGAAUAUGGCAACAAUACCCAAAUAUGAGCUCCCACCAGAACGCAUUGGUGGUGGCAAUGGAAAUCGUUAUGGCCUCAAACGUUUUAUGGUGGCCAAGAAGAAGCGUUCGAUGGGCACCUUUCUUAAUGAACCGGUUUCCAAGCCAAGCAUCAGCUACAAGGUCAAUGGCGAAAAGUUCUAUUAAAAUGUUUGUGCAACUCUCGCUUUUCCCUCGUUGGCAGAGCUCAUCAUUAUGAAAUAGACUAAUUAAAGCUCAAAAAUAUGUCAAAUUAUGAAGAGGUUACUAGAGUGAAAAAUAUAAUAUUUAUGUACAACAAAUAUCACACUUUAAAUGCGAAAUAAGUAAAUAAUGAAAAACUGCUGAAAUCAAAAUGUUUUUUAAAUUUAUCAAAAUCACUUCCAACAAAAAAAUUAAUUUAUACUUGACAUCAAAAUGUUUUAAGCAAAGUGGAAUAAGUAUUUGGCGUACGCUUAUUUGACAACAUGAAACUUAAUUUUUUUGUGUAAAUUAACAAGUUUGUUUUUUCUCUUAAAGGCGUUCAUAUCAAAACCCACUUGCUUUACAUACGUGUGUAUGUAUUAGUACUGUAAAAUAGAGUCGAACAAUUCAUUGACUCUCAAAGUUAUAGUUAUUUCAAUAAGUGGUCGGAAUUAUUUUAAUUUAUAACUUUUUUUCAAAUAAUUGCAUUUUUCGUUUUCAAAUUUAACUAUGUUUCAAUUGAAAUUAAGAUUGCAUUUUUUGAUUUUUUGAUUGAGAGAAGUAAAAAAACGUUAAGUCAAAUUAAAUGUCAUAUACUUAUUUCACUUUGUUUAAUACGCGUACUAUAAACUUAUAAUGAAAAUGAAAAAGUGCUUAAAUCGUAACAUUAGCUUAAAUUGGUAUAAGAACGCUGCGAUGAUCUGCUUAUUGAAAAGUGCUCCGAAGCAAAACAUGAAUCUCAGUUGGAGUAAUAACUUAGCAUGAUUGCAUUAACUGUUUUCUAAAUGGAAACAAAUUAAUAUGUCGAUAUAAUCAUUUCUUCUAGGUCAUACAGUAGUCUGGAACAACAAGUUGCUAGAUAUGAAAAAUCUAGAAAUAUUUUCAAGGAAGAUUUUCUCUCCCGUUAGGGAAAUCGGUUAAAGUUUUAUUUUCGGCUAUAGCUCAUGAAAUUAAGUUAUUUGAAUUAUGAAAACUAUUUUUUAUUACACGAAGAUUUUAUGGAAGUCAAUAUUUUUCCUUUAUAAUUUAUAAAAAUAUAUUUUAAGCUUGAAAAUAUUUUUUUAUAAAUUCAGAUACGAGCACUUUUUCCUUUUCAUUACAGAAAUAUUGAACCCUAUAAAUAUUGAGCAAAACUAAUCUGAAGUAUUUAAUACGGAUUCUAAUUUCUAAAUGAGAAAUUUUGUUUAAUCCAAUAAACUUUGAGACAGAAUGCGGUGCGUGCACAUACGAGUAUAUACAUAUGUUUUAUAAGCAUUUAACUACAACUCUCAAUGCAGGAUCUAUUUUAGAAAUCACAAAAUUAUCAAUUAUGAACUACACACAUA